GUUACAACCAUUAAUAACUUUCCAUAAGAGCAUCACAACGGCUACAACUACAAGAACGAGUAAAGAAACUGGUUCACAGCCCAUCAUGCCUCAAAAUUGCAUAGCACCAAGGCCUGAAGAAAAUGGCGACACCAUGGUACAAGGUCUGACAGAUAUGUCAGAAACACAGAGCAAACCUGUACUAGCCUUCCCUGUUGUAAAUUCACAGCCUUGUCUCCAGCUCUCCAUGUACCCCAUAAUUAUCAAGUUUGAGGAGGUUGUGUACAAGGUUAAGAUAGAGCAGACAAGUCAGUGCUUAGGAUCAUGGAGCUGCAAAGAGAAGACUAUUCUUAAUGGUAUAACAGGGAUGGUUUGUCCAGGAGAGAUUCUAGCUAUGUUAGGUCCAUCAGGAAGUGGAAAAACCACUCUUCUGUCAGCUCUUGGGGGCCGCCUCUCAAAAACUUUCUCAGGGAAAGUCAUCUACAACGGUCAGCCUUUCUCUGGCUGCAUCAAGCGCAGAACAGGGUUUGUUGCUCAGGAUGAUGUCCUGUACCCUCAUCUCACCGUUUGGGAGACUCUCUUCUUCACAGCACUUCUAAGGCUACCAAGCAGUUUGACCAGAGACGAGAAGGCUGAGCAUGUGGACCGAGUUAUCGCUGAACUAGGAUUGACUAGAUGUACCAACAGCAUGAUAGGAGGACCACUGUUCAGAGGAAUAUCAGGAGGUGAGAAGAAAAGGGUUAGCAUUGGUCAAGAAAUGCUGAUCAAUCCUAGCUUGCUCCUUCUUGAUGAACCCACUUCAGGUCUUGAUUCUACCACUGCUCACCGCAUAGUGACCACAAUCAAAAGGCUGGCAUCUGGAGGAAGAACAGUGGUCACCACCAUUCAUCAGCCAUCAAGCCGCAUAUACCAUAUGUUUGACAAGGUGGUUUUGCUGUCUGAAGGUAGUCCUAUCUACUAUGGUCCUGCAUCUCCUGCUUUGGAAUAUUUCACUUCUGUUGGAUUCUCCACUUCCAUGACAGUUAACCCAGCUGACCUUUUACUUGACCUUGCAAAUGGAAUCCCACCUGAUUCUCAAAAGGAGACCACAGAACAAGAACAGAAGACAGUGAAAGAAGCUCUUAUUUCAGCUUAUGAAAAGAACAUUUCUACUAAACUGAAAGCUGAACUCUGCAAUGCGGAUUCCCAUAGCUUUGAGUACACCAAAACUGCUGCAAAAAAUAUCAAGUCAGAACAAUGGUGCACAAGUUGGUGGUACCAGUUCACUGUAUUGCUCCAAAGAGGGGUCAGAGAGAGGAGAUUCGAAUCUUUUAACAAGCUCAGGAUUUUCCAAGUCAUCAGUGUGGCUUUUCUUGGUGGCCUUCUCUGGUGGCAUACUCCAAAAUCUCACCUCCAAGAUAGAACUGCUUUGCUCUUCUUCUUCUCAGUCUUUUGGGGAUUCUAUCCACUAUACAACGCGGUUUUCACAUUUCCACAAGAGAAAAGAAUGCUAAUCAAGGAGAGGUCUUCAGGAAUGUACCGUCUUUCAUCCUAUUUCAUGGCUAGAAACGUUGGAGACCUACCCUUGGAACUCGCACUUCCAACUGCUUUUGUGAUCAUAAUAUACUGGAUGGGUGGGCUCAAACCUGACCCCACAACAUUUUUCCUGUCACUACUGGUUGUUCUCUACUCCGUUCUUGUUGCUCAAGGUCUUGGCUUGGCCUUUGGUGCUCUCCUUAUGAACAUCAAGCAAGCCACAACGUUAGCAUCUGUUACAACACUAGUGUUUCUCAUAGCUGGAGGGUACUACGUGCAACAAAUCCCUCCCUUCAUUGUAUGGCUAAAGUACCUAAGCUAUAGCUACUACUGCUACAAACUGCUUUUGGGUAUUCAAUACACUGAUGACGACUACUAUGAGUGUUCAGAAGGGGUCUGGUGCCGAGUUGGAGAUUUCCCAGGAAUCAAAGCCAUGGGACUGAACAAUUUGUGGAUAGAUGUUUUUGUUAUGGGAGUGAUGCUGGUGGGUUACAGGCUCAUAGCCUACAUGGCACUGCACCGAGUGAAGUUGAGGUAAAAGAUGCAGCCAAAGAUAACCACAAGAAGUUCCAAAGAAACUUUCCAUCACCUGUUACCAAGAAAUAAUGUUAGUAUUAGAUAAGAUAUUAAAAGUCGUCGAGUUUUGGUCGAUUUUACUUGAGUAUCCGAGAUAUAUAUCCGACGACUUUCUUUUGUUUUAGGCUUAGAUGAUGAUGAUGUUCCUACGUUUGAGAAUAAAAGAGUGAGAUAAUAUAAUAAUGUAUGAGAUAAGAAAGGGAAGCCAAAGUAUAUACCCCCCAUCUGCAAAAUAGUUAAAACGAAAGUGACUAAACUUUGGAGUCCACUCUCCUGUUGUAUCUUUGUGGGGUUCCUUAA